UCCUUCCAUCUACCGUUUUCCAUUACUUGGGUUAUAUAUAAAAAAUCGAAGGAAAGGUUGUUCGAUUGCUCUUUUCAUCCAUCAUUUUCUCGUAAGAAAGACAUUUUCUUCCUUUCACGUAUUUGGCGAUAUAAUAAGGACUUCUUUUGGUUAAGUUUGAAAGUAGUAUAUAUUUAAUAUCCCGGCUUUUCUUUGUAUUUUAGGAAACAUUGUUAUUUACCUUUUUCCUUGAUUCAUCUGAUAUUCCGCAAAUUCCUUUCGGUCUAUCCGUAAUUAAGAGGGCUUAUUUGAUUUUCAGAUAUUGUUCAUUAUCCAGUCUUAAUUUAUUUGUUCUUCAUAAUCCUGUUUGACUGUUUCUUUUUGCAUAAACUUUAAUAUCUCUUCAUUUCUUCCUCUCGUUUGCAUUUGAACUUUUCCCUCAUCGCUGUUGUUUUAAAAAAAUGGAAGCGAUUUCUUAUUCUUACUUGAAAAAGCGUAAAGCUGAUUCUGAUGAACCUGUACUAAAAAAAGCUCGUCCAUUGCCCGUUGGAAAUCAUUUGCCUUUACCUCGAUUGUUUCAGUAUACGGAAAAGCAACAGUUGCUAUCCUUGCUACUUCAGUGCGUUGAAAAGCAUCCAGAUUUGGCACGCGAUAUUCGUGACAAAUUACCCGUACCUUCCUUGGAAACAUGCAUUGACACUUUGCAAAAACUAUCCAAAACGUUGCACUCUUCUUUUCCCUAUGGUGGUGAUAAAAAAGGAGAGUAUGCAUUUAAUCGAAUUCAUGAAAAGUAUAUGGCUGUUUUACAUGCUCUAAAUGAUCUAGUCCCAUGUUAUUUACCCCCUCAUUCUACUUGUUUUGAACAUAAUUUUGCCUUCUUGGACGCUGCUACCAACGUUGUUCAUCAGCUCCCAGAAUUUCAUAACCCCAAUCAUAAUGUUUACAAAAGUCAGGCUUAUUACGAGCUUACAGGAGCGUGGUUAGUGGUGUUGAAACAAUUGGAAGAGCGGCCGAUCCUGCCGCUAUUGCCAAUCGAAGAGAUUGAAGAACAUAAUCAAAAAUCCCAUAACCGAUUACAAGAAGCUGUUGUAUAUUUAAAGGAAUUACGAGAAAACGAGCCAAUUUUACAAAAUAGAAACGUUGCUAUUCAACAAAUACAGGCACCACAAAAUCACUUACAUUAUUAUGGGGCAACGAAUGGUAUAAACAUGGGAAACGAAAGCGGUAUUGGAUGGUUGAACAUGCAUCAAUAUAUCUAAAUUAGAAUAGAAGGCCUAUUAAGAAGCAAAUAACGGCUAAUAAAACCGCAGUUUGUACAGUGACAGUAUUGUGAAUUUGAGGUACAACUUUGGCACCGCUGGUAGGUCGACCAAAAGUGGACGUAGAUUUUGUAGCUGGUAAAGGGGUGGUGUUGGAUGUUCCAAAAUGAGUUGAUUUUGGUUCAGGAGGAGAAGUAGCUGCAGGAGAAGUAGCUGCAGCCGAUUGG